AUGGACUUGUUAGCCAGCUAUGCUUCUUCAGAUGAAGAAGAUGAGCAAUCCCAACCCCAGAAACAGCACCAAACUCCAGCCUCUCCUCCAAGGAAACCCUCCUUUUCGUCUUCUCUUCCACAACCUAAAUCUGGUCUUUCUCUCUUCUCUUCUCUUCCACAACCCAAACAAAAGCAACAUCAAGAACCCACCGCAAAACCCCAAAAUAAACACAAUAGAAUUGCUGAUAUCGAAGAAGAAGAUGAAAAGCUAACCUUUAAAUCUAGAACCGCUCUUUUCUCUUCUUUACCGCAGCCAAAAACCGAAACUUUACAGCAGCCCAUAUCAAAUUUAACAGUUUCAGACACUAAUCUUAAAAGGGUUGUUCAAUUUAAGCCUCCCAUUAACAGACCCUCAAUUUUAGACGAGGAAGAUGAAGAAGAUGAGGAGGAGGAAAAGGAGAGAAAAAGAAAAAAGAAUGAGGCUUUGUUGCAAUCUGAUUCUUCUUCAGGGAAGGGUUUCUUGUCUAGUAUACCUGCACCUAGAAAUUCAUCUACUUUAGGGGUUGGUUCAUUGGGUUCUGGGUUUGGAAGGAGGUCUGUGAUUGAAACUGAGGGGCCUACUUCUAGUUCUGGUGGUGUUGGUGGAGAAACUGAAUCUGGGGUUGAUCAAAGUAGUGAGGGUUAUGUGAGUUAUGAUGGUGGUUAUGCAGGUUAUGAUCAAAGUGGAGGGGAUUAUGUAAAUUAUGGUAGUUAUGAAUCUGGGGUUGAUCAAAGUGUUGAUCAAAAUGUUGUUGGUGUUAGUGGUGAUGAUGGUAGUUAUGGAGGGUAUGAGAGUUGUGGUGGUUAUGGGCAGUAUGGGAAUAAUUGGGGUGGUGGUUCAGUGGCAGCAGUGGCUGAGACUGGAGGUGAAGGGGCAGCUGAAAUUGCAAUGAGAGCGAUGGGGAAGAGAAGAAGGAAUGAGAUACCAACUGAAAUUGUUGAGGUGAAGCAGGAUGAGUUGAUGAAGAAUCGGCCGAGGGAGGACCAGGUUAAGUCAACUGGAAUUGCUUUUGGGCCGGCUUAUCAGGUUGAAAACAAGAGAGGCCGUUUUCCAGUGCACUGGUCAGAAUCUGGCUGUCAAGUGAAAGAGCAUCAGCAAGUCAUGAGACCUGCUUCAUCGAAAGGGAAGCCAUCGAAGCUGCACAAGAGGAAGCAUCAAAUCAGUACCUUGUACUUUGAUAUGAAGCAGAAGGAGACAGAAUUGGCAGAGCGGCGUUCCAAAGGGUUCCUCACUAAAGCUGAAACACACGCCAAGUAUGGAUGGUGA